CAUCCAAUUCCGUUCCCUUUGUUUCUAAAACUUUCCUUCUCAUAUCUUCCACUGUUUCUAAUUUUUUAUUUUCGUCCAAAAUGGCUCUCCCAAUGAACCAAGUCGACAGCCUUACUAACCAAAUCUUCUCCAUCCUUGAAAACAGAUUUCUUUUCGGUUACCACAAUGUCAAUGCAAUGGAAUCUGGGAAACAUGUAACUGGGAAAGUAAGAAUCCUUUCCAUUGACAGUGGCAGCUUUUCCGAUGGUAUAUUGGCCGCCCAAUCCCUCCUCACCCUCCAAACCUUUCUCCGUCAGAAAUCAGGAAAUCCCAAUGCCACCAUUGCCCAUUAUUUCGACGUUGCUGCUGGCUCCGGAGCUGGUGGAAUUCUCGUUGCAUUAUUAUUUACUCGCGGUCAAAAUGGCGCCCCCAUUUUUACUGCCGACCAGGCUCUUCAUUUCCUCGUAAAAAAUCGUCGGAAACUCUUCCCCUCAUCGCCUCAAGGAAUAUUCCGUCAAUUUUUCCGUUCAUCAAGGGUACAGAAACAACUGUUGACCAAAACCUUUGGCGAGCUGACUUUGAAAGAUACGUUGAAGCCGGUUUUGAUACCCUGCUAUGAUCUUUGUUCCCACGGGCCAUUCUUGUUUUCCCGCGCUGAUGCAUUGGAAAUGGAUGGCUAUGACUUCAAGAUGAAGGACGUGUGUUUUGCAACGUCGGCUGAUCCGACGGUGGUGGGAGCGGUGGAAAUGAGAUCGGUGGAUGAGAGAACGAAGAUCGUGGCCGUGGAAGGCGGGGUGGCAAUGAACAAUCCAACGGCUGCAGCGAUAACACACGUGCUAAACAAUAAGCAGGAGUUUCCGUUUUGUAAUGGCAUGGAGGAUGUUUUGGUGUUGUCUUUGGGGAAUGGAGAGUCGGGUUUCGGUUCCGACGGUCUUAAUCUCACUCCGCCGCAAGCAAGGUUUCUUAGAAUAGCCGGCGAGGGAGCUUCUGAUAUGGUGGAUCAAGCAGUUUCGAUGGCGUUUGGAGAAUUUGGUGGAAGCAACUAUGUCCGAAUUCAGGGGAAUGGCUCCAUCUCUAACAUUAUGCCUAAAAGUAAAAGGUCAAGUUCGGAAUCCCAAGUCCUGAUGAGCAUUACAAAGGAGAUGAUGGCACAAAGAAAUGUGGAGUCCCAUCUUUUCAAAGGAAAGAAGAGGAGUGAGGUGACAAAUUUGGAGAAAAUAGAGAUGAUUGGGGGUGAGUUAAUCAAAGAGCAAGAAAGGAGGAAAAGAAGCAUUCUGCCGACGGUGGUGUUGAAGCAACCGCAUCUACAAUCGGCAACGCCAAGGACAUCAUCAGCCUCAGCCACAACCAUAUCAACCCAAUCUUCAUCUUCAUCUUCAUUGGACCAUCACAAUCACAAUUGACAGCCAAAUUUCUUCACCUCUUUCUUUAUCUCUGAAUUAUAUAUUUUAUUACAAAUUUCUUCAUUAUUUUAUGCUAAUGCUGCCGCUCGUGGUAAAAUUAAUUAUAGUACGUAAUAGUAGCAAAAUUGAUUGGUGUCCCUCCGAGCUGAGCUGUAAACUCCACUUACCUACUGUCAAUGUUUUAGUAGGAGUAUUUUUUUUUUUUUCUUUUCAUUUUUGGGUGGUUGGGAAGAGCUUGCUUCCAUUGUAUUAUUGUAUAGUUGGACAUAUAUAGAUAUUUUAGUUAAAUGUUGCUGUAUGUUUACAUAUGGACUAUUUAUAGAAUCAAGAAAA